AUGUUGGCCUCCCGUCAGGUUUUGGGCCACGUCGCCCGGAGCCGUGCCGCCCUCGGCUCCCUGGGCCUGCGACGAUGCAUGGCCACCGUCACAGACUCUCCUCUUGACCGCAAGGUCAAGCAGAACAACUGGGAAGAGGGCAACUUCAUCAACUACAAGAAGAUGUCUGAGAACCUUGCCAUUGUCCGCAGCAGGCUGAACCGACCCCUCACAUACGCAGAGAAGAUCCUGUACUCCCAUCUGGACGACCCAGAAGGCCAGGACAUCAACCGUGGCAGCUCCUACCUCAAGCUGAGGCCAGACCGUGUCGCCUGCCAGGAUGCCACCGCACAAAUGGCCAUCCUCCAGUUCAUGUCCGCCGGUAUGCCCUCCGUGGCAAAUCCCUCCACCGUCCACUGCGACCACUUGAUCGAGGCCCAGAUCGGUGGUGAGAAGGAUUUGGAUCGCGCCGUCAGCAUCAACGAGGAGGUCUACAACUUCCUUUCCUCCGCCUGCGCCAAGUACAACAUCGGUUUCUGGAAGCCCGGCUCUGGUAUUAUCCACCAGAUUCUGCUCGAGAACUACGCUUUCCCUGGUGGUCUCCUCAUCGGUACUGACUCUCACACCCCCAACGCUGGUGGUCUUGGCAUGUGCGCUAUUGGUGUUGGUGGUGCCGACGCCGUCGACGUUAUGGCCAACCUGCCCUGGGAGCUUAAGGCCCCCAAGAUCAUCGGUGUCAAGCUGACCGGCAAAUUGAAUGGUUGGACUUCGCCAAAGGAUAUCAUUCUCAAGGUUGCUGGUAUCCUCACCGUCAAGGGUGGCACUGGAAGUAUUACCGAGUAUUUAAUCCUCACUACGAGAAGUACCACCCCCACCAAGGCUGUCCUCAAGCACCUUGCCGCCUCCUUGCCUCUGUAUUUCGCGCCUGGUCUUCUCAAGGUCCUCACCAAGAGCACUCCUCCAACCGUCAAAGAUCUGAAGCGGAUGACCGAGGAGCAGCUCUCCCGCAAUGUUCGGAGAGCCUUGGCUCAAGGAUGCAACAUCACCCACAAGUUCUGCUUGUGCUGGGCACCUCUUCCAUCUGCUGCUCAGAGACCAAUGUUUCGAGCUGUCUUCAUCGCACUUGAGGCUGCCUUCUCCUUCAUGUUCUGGGCAUACGACACGAAAAAGGACUACUCCAUGCCUCAGAUGCUGCUGUGGCCUGUCGAGGCCUUCGAGUACGAUGGUCUCUGUUCCCAUAUCGCUCUGAGCGAAGCCAUUCCCGGCAAGCAUGAUCUCACUCCUGAGGAGCGAGUAAUCUUUGAAGCCGAAAUGGAACAUCGACAAAAGCUGCUCAAACAGAAAUCCCACCAGAAGAUCAAGGCCAAGGAUCCCGAGGCCUUUAAUGCCAAAGGUGCCGCAGUCAUGCGAAAACUCAGAAAGAAGAAUCCCGAUAGGAUCAAGGCGAACAUCAAGAGACAUCGGGCCAAGAACGUGGCGGAGAAGAAAUUUCACUGCGCCUUCUGUAACAAGGGUUUCGCCGACAAGUCGAAGUUGGAGCGUCAUAACAAUUCUCAGGCGCAUCGUGAGCUUGCAGGACUACCACGGCAACCAGUCGUCAAGGACAAAUACGCUCUCACCAGAGAUCGUGUCAAGUUUGCGGCGACGAAGAAGAAAACCAACGCAAAAGCCGUGGCGGAGAAGAAGUUCUACUGCACCUUCUGCGACGCAGCGUGCCCCGACAAGAGCAAGUUGGAUCGCCACUACAACACCAACAAGCGUCGUGACCGUGUGGCCUUCCUGGAUUCGCUGGGUCCCGGUGUCGAUAGCGUUUCUGCAACAGGAAUGGCUACAGUGUGCAAUAUGGGUGCGGAGAUCGGUGCGACAACUUCAGUCUUCCCCUUCAACGACCGCAUGUACGACUACCUCGCAGCCACCAAGCGCAAGGACAUUGGUGACUUCUCCCGCGUCUACGCCAAGGAUCUGCGCGAGGACGAGGGCGCCGAGUACGACCAGCUGAUCGAGAUCAACCUGUCCGAGCUCGAGCCUCACAUCAACGGUCCCUUCACCCCCGAUCUGGCCACUCCCAUCUCCAAGUUCAGCGAGGCUGUCAAGGCCAACAACUGGCCCGAGGAGCUCAAGGUCGGUCUGAUCGGAUCUUGCACCAACUCCUCUUACGAGGACAUGUCCCGCGCUGCCUCUAUCGCUCAGGAUGCCAUGGCCCACGGUCUGAAGGCCAAGUCUGCCUUCUUCGUCACCCCUGGCUCCGAGCAGAUCCGUGCCACCAUUGCCCGCGACGGUCAGUUGGAGACUUUCGAGGAGUACGGCGGUGUUGUCCUGGCCAACGCCUGUGGUCCUUGCAUUGGUCAAUGGGAUCGCCGUGACGUCAAGAAGGGCGAUGCCAACUCGAUCAUCUCCUCCUACAACCGAAACUUCACCGGCCGAAACGAUGGCAACCCUGCCACUCACUCUUUCGUGACUUCUCCUGACCUGGUCGUCGCCAUGACUGUUGCUGGAUCGCUGUCCUUCAACCCUCUGACCGACAAGCUCAAGGACAAGGAUGGCAACGAGUUCACGCUGAAGGCUCCCACCGGUGAUGGUCUUCCCACAAGGGGAUACGACCCGGGCAUGGACACCUACCAGGCCCCUCCCGCCGACCGAUCCACCGUCACCGUUCAGGUUUCUCCUUCCUCGGACCGUCUCCAGGUCCUCGAGCCUUUCAACGAAUGGGACGGCAAGGACUACGUUGAUGCCCCUAUCCUGAUCAAGACCCAGGGCAAGACCACCACCGACCACAUCUCUAUGGCUGGCCCUUGGCUGAAGUACCGUGGCCACUUGGACAACAUCUCCAACAACAUGCUGAUUGGUGCCAUGAACGCCGCCAACGGCGAGGCCAACAAGAUUCAGAACUUUACCAACGGCUCAUGGGAUGCCGUGCCAGCUGUUGCCCGUGACUACAAGGCCAAGGGUAUCAAGUGGGUUGUCAUCGGUGACUGGAACUACGGUGAGGGUUCUUCUCGUGAGCACGCUGCUCUGGAGCCCCGUCACCUUGGUGGAGUUGCCAUCAUUACCCGAUCCUUCGCCCGUAUCCACGAGACCAACCUGAAGAAGCAAGGCAUGCUGCCAUUGACCUUCUCCAACCCUGAGGACUACGACAAGAUCCCCACGGAUGCCAAGGUUGACCUCAAGGCCACCGAGCUCGAGGUUGGCAAGCCUCUGACCAUGGUCGUCAAGCCCAAGGACGGCAAGCCAUUCGAGGUCAAGCUGUCGCACACCUUCAACGCUGGCCAGAUCGAGUGGUUCAAGAACGGCAGUGCUCUUAACACCAUGGCCAAGGCCAACAAAUAA